CUCAGGAUGAAACAUGAAACCUGUUCCACUUGAGCCAAGUCUGUCCCCGUGGGCUCCCAGCUCCUCCAACUCCGCUUUCACUUGGCUUUUUUUUUCUCACACUCAAAAAACAGCGUUGACACUUUGUCAGGGACGCACAGACACUGCAUCGUCUUCUCCUUUGUCUUCUCUCUCUCUCUCUCUCUGUCUUCGGAUGUGUUCGUGCGAGCUGUGGGAUCGUGAGCCAUCUGAAACCCUGAUCUGUUUCUCAUGACUCCUUUCUUCAGUGGCUGUGAUGCGGUGUCACCGGUGAUGGCUGCAAACUGAGCACAGCAAACACAAAGAGACGCAGCGCCUGCAUCUUUUUUUGUCCUUGUCGCAUCUCCUCUCUGUCUCUGGGAUGUAAGAAGUCACUAAAGUACAGUUUUUUUUUUCUUUUUUCUUUCUUUUGUUUUACACAAAGGAACUAACUUUUUUUUUUUUUUCACCCACCCCCCCGAGGAGAAACUAUGGCGAGACUUGUGUCGAAUAUGCGUCUUGUUGUGUUUUUGUUGGGAUUAUUUUUGCUGGGCUCUCCAUCGGGAGGUGAGCCGGAGCCGCAGGAGGAGGAGCAGGAGGAGCCGGAGAGCUCCUGUCAGGGAGCAUUUGACCUCUAUUUUGUCCUCGAUAAGUCUGGCAGUGUGAAGAAUCACUGGGAUGAAAUCUACUACUUUGUGGAGAAUUUAGCUGAGAAAUUCAAAAGUCCAAUGCUGAGGAUGUCCUUCAUAACUUUCUCCUCCAGAGCUUCUACCAUCAUGAAACUAACAGAAAACAGAGUGGAAAUCAAAAAGGGGCUGAAUGCUCUGAAAAGGGAGAUUCCAGGUGGAGACACAUUCAUGCAUCUUGGAUUGCAGAGGGCAAAUGAGCAGAUUUACCAUGAGAACUUUGGCACGGCCAGUGUGAUUAUUGCACUGACAGAUGGUGAGCUGCAGGAGCAUCAGCUCAGCGAUGCACAGCAAGAGGGAGAGAGAGCCAGGUCUCUUGGAGCUAUCGUGUACUGCGUUGGUGUCAAAGACUUCAAUGAGACACAGCUGGCCACCAUUGCAGACACCAUCGAGCAUGUGUUUCCUGUCCUGGGUGGCUUCCAUUCCCUCCGGGGAGUCAUUGAUUCGAUCAUCAAGAAAUCCUGUAUCGAAAUUCUGGCAGCUGAGCCGUCCAGUGUGUGUGCAGGAGAGACUUUCCAAGUGGUGGUGAGAGGAAACGGGUUUCUUCACGCCAGAAACAUCGACCAGGUGCUCUGCAGCUUCAAAAUCAAUGAUACCAUCACAGUCAAUGAAAAGCCGGCUACAGUAGAAGACACAUUCUUACUGUGUCCAGCUCCUGUCAUCGAUGAAGUUGGAAAGGUGAUUUAUCUCCAAGUGAGCAUGAACGACGGUCUGUCCUUCAUCAGCAGCAAUGUGCACGUCACCACCACAGAGUGUUUCGAUGGCACUAUUCUCCUCAUCACCCUGCUGGUGCUGUUCCUUCUGCUGGCCAUGCUCUUCAUGUGGUGGUUCUGGCCUCUCUGCUGCACUGUGGUAAUCAAAGGACCUCCUCCUCCACCUCCUCCUGAGCCUGAGUCCGAUGAUGAAGAUGGUCUGCCCAAGAAGAAGUGGCCCACUGUGGAUGCCUCAUAUUAUGGGGGAAGAGGAAUUGGAGGGAUCAAGAGGAUGGAGGUGCGUUGGGGAGGAAAGGGUUCGACCGAGGAGGGAGCUAAGCUGGAGAAGCCGAAGAACGCUGUGGUGAAAAUGCCGGAGCAGGAGUACGAACCCUUCGAGCCCAAACCCAAGAAAGCUCACAACAAGAAGCCCACUCAGAACCGGAAGUGGUACACGCCCAUCCGGGGUAAACUGGAUGCUAUCUGGGCUCUGUUUCGCCGCGGGUAUGACCAGGUCUCUCUGAUGAGACCCCAGCCCGGGGAUCAUGGUCGUUGCAUCAACUUCACAAGAGUGAAGGAUGAGUCAGCAGCAGCCAAGGCCCCGCCUCGCACUCCCAUCCACACGCCCUCGGCGCCGCCACCGGACUACCAACCCCUGACCCGCACCGCCUCCUCGUCUCCCACCUCCAGCAGCCCUCCUGCCAGAUCGCCCCCAUCAGGCCCGGUACCCCCAGGUCUGCCGCCGACCCGCACGCCCCCUGGGCUUCCCUGUCCACCACCAUCGCGCCCCCCGCCCAGCCUCCAACCCUGAAUCUCACAGACAAAGCCCCCAAACACCCUGGCUUUGAUAAACAGACUUACAGCUCUGUUGACCAGUUCUUUCAGUUUGAAGGCCGUCAACCUUCUACCUGGGCCAAAGAUACUCCUGCUAUAAGCCAAAGAUUUUGAAUCCCAGUCACUCUGUUGUUCUUCUCGUAUGGGAGAGAGUGUCAAGUUAAACAGUUGAGUCGUUUCACACAUGCUACCACAAAGCAUGGAUCAAUUCUGCUGGCUGAAAAAGAUUUAAUACCAAAGACAGUUGCUAUAAAGAAAUAUUACUAACCUCGAUGUCCACGAUACAGUUUCAAGUGCUAAAGUGAAAUCAUUGCAAAAGCUAAUUUCCUACAGAGCACCAGUCUGUUUGACUUCACAUUUCAUUCCAUACAGAAUGAACAAGAAAUACUUUAACUUUGUGUUGGGAGGAUUGUUGCUGGACAGCAAAGCAUGUUGGGACAGGGAAGUCCACAGAAGAGUAUUGCAAUGGGUGAAACUUGUUUAAUUUUAAUCAACUACUGAGUUAUGCCAUUGUUAUUGAGAAUGAAUUUGAAAAGCAGGUUGUACAUGGAAAGUAACCAGGUUAAACUCCAUUUCUCCAUUGGAGCGAGGUUUUGAGGAAUUUGAUUUCCAAGCAAAUUCAAUCAGUCGUGUUGUUAAAAGUAAAAGAAAAGAAAACAUGAAAUUUGUUUAGAAAUGUUUCGUUUUUUCCACCUUUUUGUUUUGUUUCUCCGACAACAUGCGAACCCAACAGAUUCCAGCCCUCAAAUAAAGAGACGACAGUGACAGUGUCAGGGAAGUGUACAGAUGUUAAAUGGAAGGUUUUUUACAAAAUGUUUGAGAUGUGUUUUUCAAUGCUAUGUCUUUGAGGCCUUGGAUUUUGUCCUUAACCACCUUUUCAUGUAGUUGAAUUAAGAUUACAGCAUUUAUAUUUUUUUUAUUUUGUGUUUUUUUUACUUUGGUAUCUGCGCACAUAGACUGCUGGGCAACUACAGUAUGUAUUUGUUUGUUGUUAGCAUUGGAACAUUGAAGCAUAUAUGAAAUCAAGCAACCAGGUUAAACGUCUUUGCUCACAUUGUUUAGUUUUUUUUACUUUGAUACCAUUAUGUGUUUUUUAUAUCUUCAGUUUUAUCAUUGCCGGUCACAUUGCAGGUCACAUUGCAACUGCAGGGCAGUUCAAAGAGCAUCUAAUUUAUUUUACUCCCCCGAGAGGACUAUAGGAGAGUACUUGAAUAUCGACAAGGUGUCCAACCACCAAGACGGACACUGUGCGCAGACUUUAGAAACACAACACAUAGCCAGUUAAAAGUCAUAUAAGGCUUACCAGCAUUUCUCAACCCCUCAGCUACUCUGAAAAACUACGAUGGAGGAUUAGGGCCAUGUUGAAGAAAAAAAUACUUCUAAAAUUUUGAGUAUGAAGUCGUAAUUGAGAAGAAACUCAAUAAUACAAGAAUAAAGUCGUAAUUUUAUCAAAAUUAAGGGGAAAAAAUAUUUUUACGAAAUAAGUAGCAAGAACCCAGUUUUGCAGGACUUUGAAUUUAUUUACUGAACAUGGCCGUAAUAAUCUGAAACUGAACGUAACCCUUUUACAUUCAGUAGUGUGUAAACUGGGAAGAAUAAAAACACAAUUGUGUGAAUCUUGGCAUUAUGUGUCUGAAGCUCUUUUCUAUAGCAGCUGAAAAGACGCCACUAGUGUCUACAGGUCAUAUCAGGAAAAACAUUAUUCCUCUAAAACUGAAUAAUGAAGAAGUAUGAUAUUAUGACUUUAGAAAAUCUGUUGAAAAAUGCUGGUAUUUCUUCUAUAUCCAGUGACUUAUGGAAUUUUCUCCCUUGACUUUUCUUUUUUUUUAUACUUUUAAACGUACGUCGUUCAGUUAUGUACUGUACCAUUGUGUCACCUCAUGCAUUUGUAAUCAGUCGCAGUGUCUUAAAAAAAAUGAGUCUCCACUGCUGAGGGAAAGGUCCUGAAGUAAAUUGUUUCACAAAUUAGUAUAAUAAACCUUUUAAAUUUUGAAUUGGCCUGCUGGAGUUGAAUCAACUCAUAAUAGUGGGUGUGAGGAACAACUGUUAAAUGAACUGGGCAAGGUGAAUGGGAAUAUUGCUGAAACGUUUCUAGCAUCAAAUUUGACUGCAUUCCCACAACCCUCAGCUUCUUAUUUCUUCAUUACAAUUUUCAUUUUACGAGGCUUCAUUUUCCCACAGUUGGUAGUAUCAUAAAGAAAAUGGUACUGACAUUCAGUUGGUAUGGGUCCAACUAGAAUGGCACUCAGUAAAGUUUAGAGCUCCUCCAAAGCCUCCUUAUGAAACCACAUUUAAAUUCAUCAGAUCCUGAUUUUUAUUUGGAUCUGCUCCAAAUUUCACACUUAUAAAUAUCAGUCCCGGUAAUGUAAUGUCUGAUUUUUAACAUGAAGUUCCAUAAAUGAAUCUCUGACAAAUCAAGAGACAUGUAGGAAAAAAAUCCAGCCUAUCUCGCGAUGUUAAAGAAAGUGGAAAAAGUUCCUGGAUCCACACUAAAAUUUAACGGACUCUUACCUGACCCACACCACAUCCUCCCACCACGUUUUGUGGAGAUCUGUCUGGUAGUUUUUUUGUAAUCUUGUUCACAAACAAACAAACCAACCAGCAAAGAAACGGACAGGGGUGAAAACAACCUCGUUGGCAGAAAAACAAAAACAGAACAGAUCAGACUCUGGCCGGUAUCACGGUUUGUUAAGUUACACAAUUCUGUUGCGUUACAUUGUGUUUUGCUGCGACAUCAAACUGCACCUUUGUGAGACUUCAUCCUUUAACUCCCGUCAGGCUGCCGAGUGAUCGAAGCUCUAAACCAAAGCAGGUCUCAGCUCCUUCACUGACGCCAUGUAUUUCAUAUGUGAAAUGAACAUUCCUCGGUUUCGUUACCUUGGUCCCAGCAAUGCAUCUUUUCUAAUUUGCUCUAAUAAUAAUAACAACUUUAUUCACAGCCAAGAAGAAUUACAGUAUAAAUGCAGCAUCAGUGUUUGAAAGGGAGGUUCUGCAGUUGUUAUCACUGUCAGAUGAGUAGAGAUGCAUUAUGUUAACCAGUGUAUUAAACAGCAGUACUGAAGCAAAUAUGAAAGACGUAUAUGAUUUUCUUCGUUGGUUGACGUGACUUUUUUGAACAGUAUCAAUAAAGGUUGACUUCCAAGCUUC